AUGAAUGCUCAUAGACAGGGAGCUGACAUCUUCUCGAGCGGCCCCAUUCAUCAUUACGCAAGCCCGAGUAGCCACGAUGCGACAGCCUCCACGGCGCUGCAAAACCACCAAGAACUAGCAUACACCGUUAUCGCCCUUAUCUGCGCUUACUUACUUCUGGAUCACUUCGGUCUCGCUCCGGUCUCGCUUAUACAGUCGCUCUGGAACGUGUUGGUCUAUCUUACUCCGUCCCCGAUCCUCGUCGCAUUGGAUUCCCGCAUGUCGCCGUCCGACUCUUCCCCCUCGAGUCCCUCGGGAUUGUCCUUUCAAGCCAAGAGCGAUUCUAUGCAACGGAUACUGGGUUUGGACAACAACUCUUUCCCGUUCUUCCCUCGAUCGCGAUCCCUUUCUGGGAUCGGUAGCGCUCUCCUGGGUAACAACAAAGACACCAUCCCACCAGGUCUUGGUAACUGGGAUAAUUCCUGCUACCAGAAUAGUAUCAUCCAGGGCCUGGCAUCGCUGAAGUCGCUUUCGGCAUUUUUGGGUCGCAAUGUCGAUCUUCUGGGCGAGAAGAGCUCAUUCUCGACACACGAGGCACUCAAAGACAUCAUCGACCUUCUUAACAGUGCACCAAAUCAUGGACAUAAACUUUGGAUCCCCUCAGACCUAAAGUCAAUGAGUAGCUGGCAACAGCAAGAUGCGCAGGAGUACUUCUCCAAGUUGGUGGAUCAGAUCGACGUCGAAAUUCAACGCGCGUCGCGGGGGGAAACAAGGAAUAUGGGCUUGAAGAUGGCCGGACCGGAAGAAAACAUCCUAAAAGAAGUCUACUUGGAUACAACGUCAGCUGAACAUGUCGUCUCCACGAUCGAGAAAGCUUCCUUUCGUAACCCCCUCGAAGGCCUACUGGCUCAGCGGGUGGGGUGCAUGAAAUGUGGAUGGACGGAAGGGCUAUCGCUCAUUCCGUUCAACUGCCUCACUGUUCCUCUCGGAGCUAAGCAUGAAUACGACAUUCGUGAAUGUUUGGAUCAGUAUAUGAAACUGGAGCCUAUCGAGGGCGUGGAAUGUGCUAAAUGUACUUUGCUACGAGCCCGAGAUCAGCUGAAGAACCUUCUCGGGAGUAUGUCCGAUGAAGACGAAGCCGAUCAGCUCCAGCCGCCAAGCCUUUCGGAUGCUGUAAAGACAUCCGCGCAGGCACGUCUUGAGGCCGUACAAACCGCCCUUGAAGAAGACGAUUUCGUUGAGAAGACCCUGGCAAAUAAAUGCCACAUACCCUCCAAGAAUCGAAUGACUACAACGAAAUCUCGUCAGGCUGUGAUCGCCCGGGCACCCCAAUGCCUGGUUGUCCACAUCAAUCGCAGCCUGUUUGAUGAGAGGACCGGAAUGUUGAAGAAGAACUAUGCAGCAGUCAAAUUUCCCAAAACACUUGAUAUUAAUGACUGGUGUCUUGGUACUCGGGCUGCCAAUCAGUCUGAAGGGACAUCCGAGCGGUGGGUUAUCGAUCCAUCAGAGUCGAUGCUCCCCGGCCCUGGCGAGGUAAUCCGUAUGCCUAGCAGACAGUACGAACUUCGUGCCAUCAUUACGCACUAUGGCCGUCACGAGAACGGUCAUUAUAUCUGCUACCGCAGAUAUCCAACAUCCGUCUUCCCCGCGACGGUUCCAGACGAGGUCCUCCAAGCAGAGGGAGACAAAGAGAAGCCAGAGCGUUGGUAUCGACUGAGUGACGAUGACGUGCAGAUGGUCAGCGAGGGCCAUGUCAUGUCACAAGGGGGCGCUUUCAUGUUAUUCUACGAGGCAGUCGAUAUUAAGAUCUCCUCUCCCUUGAAUGAAACCACAAAAGCUGAAUCAGUCCGGUCCGAGGUCAGCGAAUCGGUGUCCAAUUACACCAUGUCUGAGGACAUGUCGACUACUUCCACGAUAACAGAUGCCGAGUCCGCCACAUCUCGUGCAACAAGCGUUUCAACACCUGAUCGGACUGCACUACCUGCGGAUGAUACCAACGCCGAUUCCAAGGUUCCCAGGACCUUCAGCGAGGUAGACAACGACACCCACACCUUCACGAAAGACCUUGCCUCCUCGUCAGCCAUCACUGCCUCAUGA